AUGACGGACAUUCGUACCGCUGCUCUCAAGACGCCUGUCGACGUUGCCGAGUACCUCUUCACAAGACUCCAUCAAAUUGGUGUCAGAUCAGUCCACGGCGUCCCUGGAGAUUAUAACCUGGUAGCACUUGAUUACCUUGAUAAGGCUGGUCUGAAAUGGGUGGGCAACGUCAAUGAGCUCAAUGCUGGCUAUGCCGCAGAUGGAUAUGCGAGGGUGAAGGGUAUAUCAGCGAUUAUGACCACUUUUGGAGUGGGGGAGCUUUCGGCGAUCAACGCUAUAGCAGGCGCAUACUCCGAGCAUGUUCCCGUCGUCCACAUCGUCGGCACACCUUCAACUCUAUCACAGAAAGAUGGGAUGCUUCUGCACCAUACACUAGGCAACGGCAACUUCAAUGUGUUUUCUGAUAUGAAUAAGGAAAUUAGUUGCAGUAUGGCCAAGCUCGAAGACGCUAUUGAGGCUGCUCCGCUGAUCGAUCACACCCUUCAACAAUGCUGGAUUCAAAGCCGGCCAGUAUACAUUACUCUUCCCACUGAUAUGGUCCAAAAGAAGGUUGAGGGAGAACGGCUGAAGACACCGAUUGAUCUACGCUAUCCCGAUAAUGACCCCGCCAAGGAAGACUAUGUUGUAGAAGUUGUCUUGAAGUACCUUCUUGCGGCUCGCAAUCCAAUUAUCCUCGUGGAUGCAUGUGCUAUUCGGCAUAAGGUACUAGAGGAGGUCCACGAUCUAAUCGCCAAGACCGGAUUGCCCGUUUUUGUAACACCAAUGGGAAAGGGGGCUGUGAACGAAACGCACCCCACCUACGGCGGCGUCUAUGCCGGAGAUGGAAGCCAACCUGAGGUCAAGGAGUUUGUUGAAGCUUCAGAUCUUAUUCUCACAAUAGGCGCUAUUAAGAGCGAUUUCAACACCGCCGGAUUCUCAUAUAAAACUUCACAGCUCAAUACGAUCGAUUUCCACAGUACGCACGUCACUGUUCGAUAUUCUGAAUACCCCGGAGUUAGCAUGAGAGGUGUUCUACGCAAAGUCAUCCAGCAGGUUGACAUGAGCAAAUUGUCAGCAGUUCCUGGUCCCAAAAUGAAAAACAAGGUCAAAGAGAACGAAGAUAAUUCAGAAACCAUUACCCAAGCCUGGUUCUGGCCGAGAGCAGGAGAGUUUUUGAAGGAGAACGAUAUUAUCGUCACAGAGACGGGAACAUCGAAUUUUGGAAUCUGGGAGACCAAGUUCCCCAAGGGCGUCACCGCUCUUAGUCAAGUAUUGUGGGGUAGCAUUGGCUACUCUGUCGGUGCUUGCCAGGGGGCAGCGCUUGCUGCUCGUGACGCUGGUUUAAAACAUCGAACUAUCCUGUUUGUCGGCGAUGGCUCUUUACAGCUCACAGCACAAGAGAUCAGUACAAUGGUCCGUCUUAAUCUAAAGCCAAUCAUAUUCGUAAUUUGCAACGAGGGCUUCACUAUUGAGCGCUUCAUCCACGGCAUGGAUGCAGUUUAUAAUGACAUCGCACCGUGGCAGUUCAAGGAGCUCCCGAGGGUAUUUGGCGCUCCGGAGGGUAAGGUGAAGACCUACCAGGUCAAAACCAAAGCCCAGGUGCAUCAACUACUCGAGGAUAAGCAAUUCAGUGCUGCCGAGGUUCUCCAAUUUGUUGAAUUAUACAUCCCGAAGAAAGAUGCUCCGAGGGCAUUGAAGUUGACGGCGGAAGCUAGCGCGAAAACAAAUGCGAAGCAGUAA